AUGAAGUUGCUUCAAAUUGCUUUGGUGGCAUCCAGCGUCUGGGGUGCGGACCUCAAGCCAGGCCCUUUGACGCAACAUGUCAACAUCUUCACGGGCACAGCGCAGAACAGCGAUCCAGGAAAUGUUUUCGCAGGGGCUUCAGUACCAUUCGGCAUGGCCAAGGUGACCAUUCAAGUCGCAGGCUAUUCUCCAGCCGGCUAUGUUUCUGAAUCGACAGAGUUGACGCGCGGAGUGUCUCCGCUGCAUGAUUCUGGCACUGGAAGCUCGGCGGGCAGCUAUGGGAAUUUCUGCAUCAUGCCCGUCGUCUGCAAAGACUUCUCAGCGUGUCCCACGCUAGAACAACCACGAUCUCAGCGUCGGACAGGUGAUGGAAACAACGAUACGGGCUUCCCAGGCUAUUUCAGUACACCGCUAGCCAAUGGCGUCAAGAUCGAGUUGGCGUCUACUCAAGCAGCAUCACUUGAGCGGUAUACCUUUCCAGAAGGGGAGAUACCAACACUGGUUUUGGACUGGACCGACGACUCACAGCACUCAUUUCGUUACGGAGAAAUGCGUGCUGAUUGGGGCGCACAGCGAGUGAUCAUGAAUGGAACAUUUCGUAGCAGCUUCGGUCCCGGUCAGUUCACUUACACAGCCUUUCAAUGUGUCGACCUGGCCGUAGCCGGCUCCAUUACAGACCGCGCAUUCUUCGGAGGGAAUACAAACGACCUGAACACCCUCCGUUCCGACGUGGACAGUUGGAAGCUCUCGCCGGUUUCAGAACUAGAACAACCAUUACAGGCCGGCGCCAUUGUUCGCUUCAAGCCAGACCAGAAGUCAAUCCUUGUGCGCCGUGGCGUCUCGUACACCUCACCAGAUCUUGCGUGCAAGAACAUGGAGCGAGAAAUCCCAGAGCCUAACUUCGACAACGUGGUCAUGGCAAAUAAUGCGUUGUGGGAAGAAAAGCUGGGUCGCAUCACGCUAUCCGAAGGCACGAAUGAUACAAUCCGGAAACUAUUCUAUACGUCUUUCUACCGCACCUUCUUGUCGCCUAAUAAUGCCACCGGUAAUGCACCACCUCCUUUUACAGACUCACCGCAUCCUUACUUUGACGGACUCUAUUGUUCUUGGGACACGUACCGGACUCUGUUCCCACUGAUUGCCCUAACAUCUCCGCGAGAGAUGGCUCAAAUUGUGGACACAUAUGUCGACGGCUACCGAAAGGAAGGCUGGCUGCCGGAGUGCCGAGCAAACAACGUCCGCGGAUGGGUUCAAGGAGGGAAUAACGGGGUCCCCAUAGUGGCCGACUUCAUCGUCAAGUAUGCUGGUCAAGCGGACAAGCUAGGGGUUAAGCUUGACGACUUUUGGGAAGCAUUGAAGCAUGAUGUCAGCGAAACGCCCCCGAAUUGGGAUUUUGAGGGCCGUCGUACGGAAACAUACAACAAACUUGGCUACAUUGCCUACAACUAUUUGGACACCAACUCAAGAGGUCAGAGAACGCGCGAAGCAAGCCGUGGACUCGAGUAUGCUUUUGGGGACUUCACAGUCGGGAUGGCAGCCCGGGCAGUUGGUCAGCCAGCGUCUGUCUCGGACGAGCUGUUCAAGCGUAGCUUGUCGUACAACAAAAACUUCAAUCCCGAUCUCAAGUCGGACGGCUUUUCUAACUUCGUGGCCCGGCGGUUCGCGAAUGGCACUUUUGCACCCUCCCAGCCUAUCGACUGCUCUCCGCGCGAUUCAAACUCCUCCCGACCCUGCAGCCUGCAGUUUACGAACACGUGGGGUAUUUACGAGAGCUCCAGCUGGGAAUAUAGCCUCUACGUACCCCACGACGUGAAAGGACUGGUUGGUCUACUGGGAGGCAACAAGACUUUCGAAGACCGCCUGCGACGCUUCUUCGAUGCAGGAUAUUAUCUUCCAGGCAAUGAGCCCAGCUUCCAAACACCCUCGUUGUUCCAUCAUAUUGGAAAACCAGCAGAAUCGAUUCAACAAGUCCGCCGCAUAGUCUACGACAACUUCAAUUUGACCCGCAGCGGCUUACCUGGUAACGAUGACAAUGCUGCCAUGGCUAGCCUACUCACGUGGUACCUUCUCGGCUUCUAUCCCGUUCCCGGUUCUGGCGAGAUGCUGAUUUUGUCGCCUUUCAUGCCGGGAUACGUUGUCAAGAACGAGUUGAUGGGAACCGUGAACGUGAAGGUUACGGGUUUUGACCCGGCUGGGCUGUCGCGGGACAUCCCUUCUGGCGCCACUGCCUACGUUGAUACCGUGAAGCUUGACGGUGCUUCCAAGGGACGAUGUCGGAUUGACUUCAAGCAGUUCUUUGCAGCUAAAGAGGUUGAAUUUCUUAUGACGGACUUGAAGAAAGAAGGAUGCGACGGUCAGGAACCGAGUAGUCUGAGCAACGGGGGUUUCAUGUUGUGA